AUCACUUCUAACUUUUCAGUUUCCAAUGUUUCCAUACAAUCAUAGUAAUCAUACAAUAUUGCUGUUUUCGAGUUACGGAAACACGGAAUAAGUCUAUCGUCGAAACCGGCUCAAUUUUUUCAUUUUGAAUCAGUUAAACAAUGAUAUUGAAAUCUUUUGGAUGUAAGCCGAUGUGCAUGACGCGCUGUUUUAGUGAAGCAAUUGAAGUUAGUAAAAUUAAACGAAAACAUAGUCGGAAUGCCAACUAUUACGUGCCUUUACUUUCAGAAACAAGACGAGAGUCUAUUAAAAAAAUUGUUUCUAUACAAAUGUCUGGUCAUUAUAUGAGUUGUACAACUAUACUUCGCGAUGGUAAUAUUCUUAAAGAUUGGAAGAUGCUAUACAUGCCAGAAGAGAUGAACAAAUUUCAUUUAGAUGAUGUCUAUAAUUCUGUUUCUACACUUAUGAAAGAUUUACCUGAAGGUGAUAUUUACCUGAUUGAGAACUAUGUGAAAAUGCCAAACAAUGUGAAUAUUGCCGGUGCCAAUUUAUUUUAUGUUAAACUACAGACACUUGCUAUGCUAAUUGCUCUUAUAAACAGCAGCCAAACUAAAAAGACUGAGGAUAAUACUCAAGAAUCUACGAACAAAGUAGUAUUAAUGAAAGCACGUUUACACGCCAGACUAUUUCGAAUUAUUGUUGGUACAGAAAUCAUUUCAUCACAAGAUAUAACUGAAUUGAUGCUAAAAGGCACCUUUCCUGAAUAUAUUACUCCUGUUGUUCCUGCAAUUGAUGCUACUUUAACUUAUAGAUCAGUUAAAGAACCAAUUAUAAAAGAACUUAUGUCCAAUGGUCUUAUGUUAGCAAUGACUUUUGUAGAUCUAGUACUGAAUUCUAAUCCAAAAAGUAUUCAAGCACUUAAUGAAAGUUCUAAGAGACAAUUAAAAACAACAAAAAAAUUAUAAUUUUAAUUUAUGCUAGUGAUCGUUUAAUGAAAAUAAAAAUAUACAUAUUUGACUAGA